AUGGGAAAAUUAUCAUUAAAAGAACUUUUAAAAGGCGUUAUCAAUGAAAAUGAUCAAAUAAAAUCGGAUGAUCUCGACAAAUUAAUCGAUCGACUCGAAAUUCUCGGGAAGAAAGUUGAAAGCGAAUAUGUUCCACGAUCGACGACAAGCAGGCCAAAGGUGAAACAAGGAUGUAAAAUGAUUGGUGAAUGUUUGCCAGGUCAAAUGAUCAAAACUCGUAGCGACCAAGUGCAGAAUUAUGCUGGUGGAUUCGUCUUUCGUACGAACGAUGAGAACAUAGUGCGUCGAUUUUUGAUUCUAGGAAGUACAACGGGUACGUACUAUGCUUCAGGACGUACGUUAACUUUGGAGAGAGCUGAACAUCUUUGUGAUUUAAUCGAACAAGGUAAAGGAGCUCUUAUUCUUCGAGAAUUGGUGUAUAUUUCUUUAAUGGGUAGUGCACCAAAACAGGAAUCUACUUUGUUCGCUUUGGCAUUAUGUGCUCGCUAUAGAGUAUGCAAUACUAAAAAUUGGACUCCUCCUGAGGUUACUGAAUGUGAUGAAAUGAGAGAUGAAGCAGGCCAUGAGAAGAAAAGUGUUGAUGGUGAUGAAAGAGAGAACAUGGAUGUGGGUGAUAAACAACAGAUGGAUACCAGUCAGAACAUUGAAGCAGGAAUGAUGGAUAUGGACGUGGUUGAUAUACCAGAAGAAGCGGGCAUGGAUGAGGAGGAUUUUUAUGGUACAAUAGAUGAUUUAGAACUAGAUGAAGAGGUAUUAAUGGAAGCGAACGCAAAAAUUGUUCGUCGGUGCAAGAAGAAGCGAAAAAAAAAAUUUGAUAUAGGAAAAACUGAAUUUACUCGAAUGAAAGAAAAGUGGCUUCCUUCAGAAGUAUAUUUGGAAUAUCAACGAUUGUUACAAAAAGUGGCUCUUUAUGCAGUGCAUAAGGUAUGUCGAAUCCCAACACAUUUGUUCACAUUUUUAAAUUAUUGCAAAGUGAUCGCGAUGAGAACGGGUUCAAAAAAGCAUUCAACAGGAUUCAGCCGAGCUUUCCGGGCGAUGAUUACAAAAUGGUAUUAUGAUUAUGAUCCUGAACGACUGGUGAUGCAUAUUACAAAAUAUGGCAGUCGUUCUGGUUAUUGUCAUAUGGAUCUUUUUCGCCUUUCGCAUAUCCAUCCAAAAAUUUCCUUUCCAAAUGAACAUAAUUACUUCAAGAGGCAUCUAGAAUUCGAUUGUAUUUUCAAGACCAUUGCAGAUGAAUAUCGCCGUAAAAGACGGUGUAAAAAGCCGAAACUGGAAAAUGUUGAGAAUGAGAAAUCCGAAGAAUCGAAGCAGAAAGAAAUGAAAAAGUUUGAAAAAUUAAAUUUUUUGGAAUCUCGUAAAUCGCCCACGGCUCCAAAAAUCGAAUCUUCAAAUGCCAUAAAAUAUCUCAAAAGUAGUCUUAUCCUAAAAACGACUAAAGAACCUAACGAGGCAGUUGAACUAAUAAAAACAUUUGGAUUUAUGCACGAACAUGUACCAUCUCAUCUGCUGAAUUUUAAGGAAGUUUGGGUGGCUUUGUUGAAGGAUAUGCCGAUGACAGCCUUUAUAAGAAACCUCGGAAAAAUGACUGCAGUUGGAGUCUUCGACGAGAAGGAUUCUUGUGCAAUGGCAGUAUCAUACUUGACCGAUCAGCAAAAACUUCGUGACGCCCGCAUUCAUCCUUUGUCAGUGCUUGUUGCUCUAUCCGCUUACGCUUUUAGAAGCGGCGAUUGCCUGGGGAAAGUGGAAUGUAUUCCCAAUGCGGAAAUUUGCUCCGGAUUAAGCGAAUGCUUUGAACUUACUUUUGUCAAUGUUAGCCCCACAAAAAAAAGAUACUGUGUGGCUCUCGACGUUUCCGGUAGUAUGACUCAACCAGCGGGUCCAGCGUCUACCAUGAGUUGUAUGCAAGCUGCAGUUGCUCUUUGCUAUCUGCUGCUGAGAUUCGAACCUAAGGUGAAAACGAUGGUAUUUGCUGCCGAAUUUAAAGAGGUUCAUUUCGAUAGUAAGUGGACUUUGCACGAGGUUUUGGGCAAUGAAUAUGAAAAUUUAGUUUCGAUCGGUUUUGGUAGUACAGAUUGUGCUCUUCCCAUGAUUUGGGCACUGGAACAGAAGGAAGAAUUUGAUGUUUUCAUCGUCAUAACUGAUAAUGAAACAUGGGCUGGUUCGGUUAAACCAUGUGAUGCACUAUGCAAUUAUCGAAAAGAAAUGAAUAUACCGGAUGCGAAGCUAAUCGUUUUAGCAAUGACAGCCACAAAUUUCACGAUCGCCGAUCCGAAUGACUGCAAUAUGUUGGAUAUUGUUGGUUUUGAUCCAUCGAUUCACGAAAUGAUUUCGAAAUUCGUACUCGGCGAAAUUUAA